UGUUGUAACUAAUAGGCACAAAGCAAAAGUAAAAGUUAUUUCCGGGUACUUAGGAAUGGUAUACCUGUACAUCUGUACCGGGUAAAGCUCAGUCGAUAAGUCCAACACCUGGGCAUUGGUGCUAACUGCAAAACAAGCUCGGGUUUAGUACAACAGAUAGGACCAUAAAACGAUUGCUCGGAUCUUGAAGAGCGUCACGGAUCAAUGGGGCUUAAAUAAAGUGGGGGGGUUAUGUGGGUCGUCCAGACUUUGCUUUCCCAUUCCCAAAUGCAGAACUAGUUGUGCGACGUCUGUCGUGGAGUGCUGAGGUGAUCACCGAUCCCAAACAUGCUCGUCGUUUUGCUCCUGAUCCAAAUAAUCGCUGUGCUCGGCGACGGCCGAGAAUGUGGAUCGAAGUCCCUACUUAUGGACCUGGUGGAUACAAUUCCCCGGCAAUUUCAAAACACAUCACUAUCGCUGUCCAAGUGCGAGGAGCAGCUAGCGGAGCUCGGAAAAGCCUGGAAGGAUCAGCAGUCCUGGGCACUUAAGGCUCUGGACGCCUCCGGUGAAGGCUUCUCCAAUUUUAUGAUGGGCCAGAGCACCUGGCUGGGCAACCGGUUCACCUGCCGCGCCGUCAACGAGCCGGUGCUCCAGGACAUGACUGACAACAAUCUGCGCCUGCUGCGCGAAGUGUCGCCCAUCGAAUUCCACUACCUGGUGGCUUACCUGGAGUCCAAUUCGCCGUGGCAGCUGCAGGUAUCCAUCAAGCAGAAUCCCCUGCUGCACAUCGGUCUCUGCGUGCCGCGCAGCUGUGGCGUCCCCGAGGUGGAGCAGCUAAUCCGCAGAUCCCUAACUGCUCCUAACGGCUCCUUUAGCUGCUGGGAGAUGGACGCCAAGUUAUCGUAUGUUAAGAAACCGGAACUACAGCCGCAUUUCUUCGAGAGCGGAGCGGUGCACCUGCUUCUUUUGGUGGUGGGUGGCACCCUCGCGGUGACUCUUCUGGGCCUCACCAGCCUGGCCCAGCAGUCGCGCAUCCUGGCCUGCUUCGAUCUGGCCAGCAACUGGCAGCAGGCCUGGAAGCCGGUGAAUCCCAACCAGGAGAACAGGCCCAUCAACGGGCUGAGGGUGUUCACCGCUUUCUCGCUGAUUGGCGUGCAUGUGAUCUGGUACAAGUACUUCUCCGUGGAUCCCUCGGUCGAGAUGCUCGCCAAGUUGGUGUCGAUGACCAUGCGGCACACCUACUGGCCCAGCAUGGUGGAGAUAUUCUUUGUGGUCAGUGGCUACCUCACGGUCUUGAACUUUAUGAAGGACGAGCAGCUGCAGCGGGCGAUAGCCAGCGAUGGGUUGUGGGGCAACGUGCGUCGCUACCUGGGGCAGUUCAUCCACCGCUACCGCCGGCUAGCUCCGCUGCAGUUCGUGGUCAUACUAAUCGGCGUGGUAAUGAUGGAGUACCAGCGCCAGGUGUCCGUGCUGCACAUAACCGAUCCGCAGGACGAGCUGUGCCGUCGCCACGCCAUGCGGAACCUGUUCUUCAUCCAGAACCUGUUUCCCAUUUCGGAGAUGUGCGGAUCGUGGACGUGGUCGCUGGGCUGCGACAUGCAGCUCCACAUGCUGGCCAUGCUGCUCCUCUUCGGGCACACGAAGCACCCGAAACUGGUCAAGUGGCUAACGCACCUGCUGCUGGUAAUCAGCGCCCUCAUUUCGAGUGUCCUGAUGGAGGUCAAGGAGGUGGGCUCGAACUUCGAGGAGCUGUACCACACCAACGAGUGGUCCUACAUGAGUCCGCUCAUCAGGAUGCUGGCCUACAUCAUAGGCGGCUCGUAUGCCUACACCCAUGUCAAGGGCUUGGCCACGCCCUUCGAUCUGGUCAUGCCCAGUCGAUGGGCAAGAUUGGGAUCCCUGCUCCUCGUCGGCUGGCUGGCCAAGCAGGUGACCAUGGAUCGGCUGCCGGCGACCAGUGUCAUCGUCAUUUUCAUGGUCAUUCUGCGUGUCAUGGUCACCACGCUGGCCAGCCACCUCAUCAUCUGCGGCACCCGGACGGACACCAGCGACUGCCACGCGCCCACCCGCUGGCUGCUCACCCUCCUCCAAUCGGAGCCGGUGCAGCGCAUCAGCCGCUUCACCUACGCCAUCUACCUGCUGAAUCCCAUAGUCAUCAUGUACUUCUAUCACUCCUUCAGCCACGAAGUGAAUCCAGACAACACGAUGCUGCUCCUUCUCACAAUUUCCUGUUCGGUAAUCUGUUACGUAAUGGCCAUCGUAGUCACUGUGCUCUUCGAAAUCCCCUACAAUCGGCUGAUUAGCCUGCUGACCAACUCCAAAAAGAAGAAUUCAUAGAUGUUUCUGUUCAUACCUGGAUAUGACCAAAGUCCACUUGUAAUUGGUUCUUCGAGAAGAAAGCUCCAAAAUAAAUUGUAAUUGAGUAACUCACGAAUUCAUCGGCAAUUGGUGUACUUUAAAGGAAUAUUUCGUUUAUUUAUCGAAUACAUUGAAAUGCAUACACGA